CUCUCUGAGGCAUUACACAUUCCUCCGCGCGCCGGAAGAGCGCGCUCCACCUUGCGGGCUAGCUGCUCCCUCGCCUUCGCUCGAGGUCGUGGAGCCUUCCGAGGCCGCGCACCCAGCGUGGGCCGAGGGCGCAGAACUUUGGCGGGCAAGCCGAGAAGAAGCCACGCCGGGGCUGCCAUGAAACGGGGGAAGGCGGCAGGCCCCGACUAGACGUCGCGGCGGGGUGUGUGUGGAGGCGGGGGGGAUUCUGUUUCCUGCGGCGGCGGACUGAUUUGGCAGUACGUUAACUUCCGGAAGCGUCCCGGCCCCGAGAGGAAAAGCCCUGAAGGAAACAAUAACAAACGCCCGGAGGAAGCGCUUCUGGGUUUUCUGCGAGGACCGGUUCUCGCCUGAGAAGAUGCUCUGCGGCCCCUGUGAGGGGACGUGAGCCGGCUUGGUGGCCGUCACCCAGCCUCGCCCCGCUGGUGCACUUCGGGGACCCCCUGGCUAGUGCCAUGGCGGGCGUGGGCCCGGGGGGCUACGCGGCGGAGUUCGUGCCGCCGCCCGAGUGCCCGGUCUUCGAGCCCAGCUGGGAGGAGUUCUCAGACCCUCUCAGUUUUAUCGGCCGCAUCCGGCCUUUGGCUGAGAAAACGGGCAUCUGCAAAAUCCGUCCUCCCAAGGAUUGGCAACCUCCAUUUGCAUGUGAAGUAAAAACCUUCCGUUUCACUCCCAGAGUCCAGCGCCUGAAUGAACUUGAGGCAAUGACUAGAGUGAGAUUGGACUUCUUGGAUCAACUGGCAAAGUUUUGGGAACUUCAAGGAUCUACUUUGAAGAUCCCCGUGGUUGAGAGAAAAAUCCUGGAUUUGUAUGCUUUAAGCAAGAUUGUUGCCAGCAAAGGAGGUUUUGAAAUAGUUACCAAAGAGAAGAAAUGGUCUAAAGUGGGUAGCCGCUUGGGAUAUCUGCCAGGAAAAGGAACUGGGUCUCUUUUGAAGUCACACUAUGAAAGAAUUCUCUACCCAUAUGAGCUUUUCCAGUCUGGUGUCAGCCUUAUGGGUGUACAAAUGCCAGAUUUAGAUAUUAAAGAAAAAGUUGAGGCUGAGGUUCUCAGUACUGAUAUCCAGCCUUCCCCCGAGCGGGGAACAAGAAUGAAUGUUCCACCAAAGAGAACAAGACGUGUCAAGUCUCAGUCAGACUCUGGAGAAGUAAACAGGAACACAGAACUGAAGAAACUUCAGAUUUUUGGGGCUGGACCCAAAGUUGUGGGCCUGGCAGUAGGAGCAAAAGAUAAAGAAGAUGAGGUUACCCGAAGACGAAAAGUUACCAACAGGUCAGACGCCUUUAACAUGCAGAUGAGGCAACGGAAAGGAGCUCUCUCUGUUAACUUCGUUGAUCUCUAUGUUUGUAUGUUUUGUGGUCGCGGAAACAAUGAAGAUAAAUUGCUUUUGUGUGAUGGAUGUGAUGACAGCUAUCAUACAUUUUGUCUACUUCCACCACUACCUGACGUGCCCAAAGGAGACUGGAGGUGUCCUAAAUGUGUUGCUGAGGAAUGUAACAAACCUCGAGAAGCCUUUGGAUUUGAGCAAGCUAUAAGAGAAUAUACACUUCAAAGCUUUGGAGAGAUGGCAGAUAAUUUUAAAUCUGAUUAUUUCAAUAUGCCAGUCCAUAUGGUUCCUACAGAACUAGUAGAGAAGGAAUUCUGGCGGCUAGUAAGUAGCAUUGAAGAAGAUGUUAUUGUAGAGUAUGGAGCCGAUAUCUCUUCAAAAGAUUUUGGAAGUGGAUUUCCUGUAAAGGAUGGUCAGAAAAAGAUGUUGCCAGAAGAAGAGGAAUAUGCACUUUCUGGUUGGAAUUUGAAUAACAUGCCUGUUCUGGAACAGUCUGUUCUUGCACAUAUUAAUGUGGACAUUUCUGGUAUGAAAGUGCCAUGGCUGUAUGUGGGGAUGUGUUUUUCUUCUUUUUGCUGGCAUAUUGAAGAUCACUGGAGCUAUUCCAUUAACUACUUGCAUUGGGGCGAGCCAAAGACAUGGUAUGGUGUACCAUCUCAUGCUGCAGAACAACUGGAAGAGGUGAUGAGGGAGCUGGCCCCUGAGUUAUUUGAAUCACAGCCUGAUCUCCUACACCAGUUAGUAACCAUCAUGAACCCAAAUGUGCUCAUGGAGCAUGGUGUGCCUGUGUACAGGACUAAUCAGUGUGCUGGAGAGUUCGUUGUGACGUUUCCUCGUGCCUAUCACUCUGGAUUUAACCAGGGAUACAACUUUGCUGAAGCUGUGAACUUCUGUACUGCUGACUGGUUGCCUAUUGGACGUCAGUGUGUAAAUCACUAUCGACGGCUAAGGCGCCAUUGUGUCUUUUCACAUGAGGAACUCAUUUUCAAGAUGGCAGCUGAUCCAGAAUGCUUAGAUGUAGGGCUGGCUGCCAUGGUUUGCAAAGAGUUGACUCUCAUGACUGAAGAAGAAACACGAUUAAGGGAAUCAGUUGUACAAAUGGGUGUCGUGAUGUCAGAAGAAGAAGUUUUUGAACUUGUUCCUGAUGAUGAGCGGCAGUGUUCAGCAUGCAGAACCACAUGUUUUCUCUCAGCUCUCACCUGCUCCUGUAAUCCGGAGCGACUUGUAUGUCUGUACCAUCCAACAGACUUGUGCUCCUGCCCCAUGCAGAACAAAUGUCUUAGGUACCGCUACCCACUAGAAGACCUCCCUUCUCUACUUUAUGGUGUAAAAGUGAGGGCACAAUCCUAUGACACUUGGGUCAGUCGUGUUACAGAAGCAUUAUCAGCUAGCUUCAACCAUAAGAAAGAUUUGAUUGAAUUGAGGGUAAUGCUGGAAGAUGCUGAGGAUAGGAAAUACCCAGAGAAUGAUCUCUUUCGAAAGCUCAGGGAUGCAGUAAAAGAAGCUGAGACUUGUGGUUCUGUGGCUCAGCUGCUUCUGAGCAAAAAGCAAAAACACAGGCAGAGCUCAGAUAGUGGGAAGACUCGGACCAAACUGACAGUAGAAGAAUUGAAGGCCUUUGUCCAGCAACUUUUUAGUCUUCCGUGUGUCAUCAGCCAAACUCGACAAGUAAAGAAUCUGCUGGAUGAUGUAGAAGAAUUUCAUGAGCGUGCCCAGGAGGCCAUGAUGGAUGAAACCCCAGAUUCUUCUAAACUUCAAACAUUGAUAGACAUGGGCUCGAGUCUCUAUGUAGAGCUACCUGAAUUGCCUCGGCUGAAGCAAGAGCUCCAGCAGGCUCGGUGGCUGGAUGAAGUAAGACUAACCCUGUCAGAUCCACAACAGGUCACUCUGGAUGUCAUGAAGAAACUGAUUGACUCUGGGGUAGGGUUGGCACCUCAUCACGCUGUAGAAAAAGCCAUGGCUGAACUGCAGGAGCUCCUCACAGUUUCUGAACGAUGGGAAGAGAAGGCUAAGGUCUGCCUUCAGGCAAGACCUCGGCACAGUAUGGCAAAUUUAGAAAAUAUUGUGAAUGAAGCCAAGAACAUUCCAGCCUUUCUACCCAAUGUGUUGUCCUUAAAAGAAGCCUUACAAAAGGCUCGUGACUGGACAGCUAAAGUGGAAGCUAUUCAGAGCGGCAGCAACUAUGCUUACUUGGAGCAGCUUGAGAGCUUAUCUGCUAAAGGCCGCCCUAUCCCUGUGCGUCUUGAUGCAUUGCCUCAAGUGGAAUCACAGGUUGCAGCAGCACGAGCCUGGAGAGAACGGACUGGGCGGACCUUCCUUAAGAAGAAUUCCAGCCAUACGUUGUUACAGGUGCUAAGUCCCAGAACUGACAUUGGUGUAUAUGGGAGUGGUAAAAACAGGAGAAAAAAAGUAAAAGAAGUAAUAGAAAAAGAAAAGGAGAAGGACCUAGACCUUGAGCCUUUGAGUGACUUAGAAGAAGGACUAGAGGAGACCAGAGAUACAGCCAUGGUGGUGGCAGUUUUCAAAGAACGAGAACAAAAGGAGAUUGAGGCCAUGCAUUCCCUCAGAGCAGCCAACCUAGCCAAGAUGACAAUUGUGGACCGCAUAGAAGAAGUAAAAUUUUGUGUUUGCCGCAAGACAGCCAGUGGGUUUAUGCUGCAGUGUGAGCUCUGCAAAGACUGGUUCCAUAAUAAUUGUGUUCCCCUUCCAAAAUCGAGUUCCCAGAAAAAGGGAUCCAGCUGGCAGGCUAAAGAUGUAAAAUUCCUUUGCCCUCUUUGCAUGAGAUCUCGAAGGCCCAGGCUCGAGACUAUUCUGUCACUCCUGGUAUCCCUUCAGAAGUUGCCUGUUCGGUUACCUGAAGGAGAAGCACUUCAGUGUUUGACAGAACGUGCCAUGAGUUGGCAAGAUAGAGCACGGCAAGCCUUAGCCACAGAUGAACUGUCCUCGGCCCUGGCCAAACUCUCUGUGUUAAGCCAACGUAUGGUGGAACAAGCAGCUCGAGAAAAAACUGAGAAGAUUAUCAGUGCAGAACUCCAAAAAGCAGCUGCCAAUCCAGACUUACAGGGACACUUACCCAGUUUCCAGCAGUCUGCUUUUAACCGGGUGGCGAGCAGUGUGUCAUCUUCCCCCCGCCAAACAAUGGACUAUGAUGAUGAAGAGACAGAUUCUGAUGAAGAUGUUCGGGAGACAUAUGGCUAUGACAUGAAGGAUACAGCCAGUGUGAAGUCCUCUAGUAGUCUGGAACCCAAUCUCUUUUGUGAUGAAGAAAUUCCCAUCAAAUCUGAGGAAGUGGUUACUCACAUGUGGACAGCACCUUCGUUCUGUGCAGAACAUGCAUAUUCUUCUGCUUCUAAGACUUGUUCUCAAGGUUCUAGCACACCCAGAAAGCAGCCUCGGAAGAGCCCUUUGGUCCCCCGAAGUUUGGAGCCUCCAGUGUUGGAGUUGUCUCCUGGAGCAAAAGCCCAGCUAGAAGAACUCAUGAUGGUUGGAGACCUCCUAGAAGUGUCUCUGGAUGAGACACAGCACAUAUGGCGGAUUCUGCAGGCCACACACCCACCCUCAGAGGACAGAUUCUUACAUAUCAUGGAGGAUGAUAGCAUGGAAGAGAAACCACUGAAAAUGAAAGGAAAGGAUUCUUCAGAGAAGAAACGGAAGCGGAAGCUAGAGAAGGUAGAACAGUUUUUUGGAGAAGGAAAACAGAAGACCAAGGAGCUAAAGAAAAUAGAUAAACCUAAAAAGAAAAAAUUAAAAUUAAAUGUGGACAAAUCAAAAGAGCUGAACAAAUUGGCCAAGAAGCUAGCAAAAGAAGAAGAGAGAAAGAAAAAGAAAGAAAAGGCUGCUGCAGCCAAAGUUGAACUUGUGAAAGAGAACACUGAGAAGAAAAGAGAGAAAAAAGUGCUGGACAUACCCUCAAAGUAUGACUGGUCAGGAGCAGAGGAGUCUGAUGAUGAGAAUGCCGUGUGUGCAGCACAGAACUGCCAGAGGCCGUGUAAGGACAAGGUAGACUGGGUGCAAUGUGAUGGUGGCUGUGAUGAGUGGUUUCAUCAAGUUUGUGUUGGUGUAUCCCCAGAAAUGGCUGAAAAUGAAGAUUACAUCUGUAUAAACUGUGCAAAGAAGCAGGGGCCAGAUAGCCCAGGCCAAGCACCACCUCCUCCCUUCAUAAUGAGCUACAAACUUCCAAUGGAGGAUCUUAAAGAGACCAGUUAGCAAAUGCUUGGUUAACUUGCAACAUGGGGGGAAGUGGACCACAUUGAGACCUUACUCAUCAAGCAGAGUGGUUUCGACCACUCAGAAUGUUGUUUCCAAAGAUGAAUGGACUUCAGAGAAAGUCCUCUUAGUGCUGGCUUCCUCUGUGCAUGGAUUGUGUGGGCUACAUUCUCAAUCAUCUGUGCAGAGGAUGUCUUCUUUGGUACAGCAGCCAGUAUUUUAGCUCUUGACUCCUUUGAGUAUGGUUUGCUACAUUAAGAUCAGGUUCUUGAUGGAACUCUUGGAAGGCUGUGUGUCAUUAACACAUUGAUGUGCUUAGUGGGGCAUAUUAGGGGUGGCUUGUGACCAACUGAAACUAGUUGUAAAAGGUUACAACCUGCAGGUGGUGCCAUCAGAAGGCCCUGAUUGUUUGAAUCUCCUUAAUUAAGAUAAUUGAACAGGAGUCAGAGUACAACUCUUUCCAUAGUUUACUGGCAUUUAGGCCCUGCUGAUCCAGCUAGGAGGGGCAGGCCAGAGUUAUCCCUUCUACAAGUCUCGGGGGGCAGUGUGGACCUCAGCUGCUUGUGCUUACUUAUACCAGUAAGAAAAUCCUCCAAAAGAGCCCCUCACUUUCCUUAGGAGGAUAUCAGCAGGUUAGGAAAUCUGACUAGACUGGAUUCUGGGAAGAAGGUUUUUUUCUUAUAUCAAGGCAAGUUAGCCCAUUGGUUUGAGAAGUCUGUCUGGGUCUGUUUUAGAAAAAAAGAGGUACAUGGAUCCAGGUUUCUGGAGGGAAUAGGGAUGACUAAUGAGAACAUUUUACUGAGCCUCAGUGAUGCAUGCUUAUCUGGGAAACCCUCAUUCACAAGUAUUCCAGACUCCACCAUGCUUCAGGCAUGGCCAUGAGCAAGACUGGCAAAUAACAGCUUUUGCCUUGCAGCCCUACCUAACCCCUGAUGCCUGUAGUUUCCAACAUAGUCCCCAGAAGAUGUUGAUGAAUAACACCAUGGCUUCAUCAGAGGAUAUGGGGUUAUAGGUCCUCUGGGUGUGAAGCUGUUUUAGUAAAUCCGUUUUUAAAAAGAAAGAAAGACUUGUUUUUACUUUUUUCUAAAUGUCUCUGACUACUGACUGUUCUAUAGAUUAUUUUUCCUUUUUUAAUAUACAUAUAUGAAUAUAGAUAUAUAGAUAUAUAUAUAUUUACUGUUACCAGCAGCGUAUGACAGAGUUUGAGCAUCAGAAAUCCAUUUGGGAGCUUGCAUUUUCUUCCUGCUUUUUGAUAAAGAAAUCCCAUUCCUUCCUUGUAGUACAAGGGUUAGCACUCCCUUCUCCAUGCUCACCUAAACAUAGCUUCCACUUUUCUUCUCUUCGAAUAGAUAAUAUAUUUCCUCCAUGUUGGGACUUGUCCCUGUCUGUUGGGCAGCUUGGUCUUACUCUAGUCAGUGCUGAAUGUUUUGUAUGUUUGAAACUAUGGUGCUGUGUCCUCUCCCCCUGUUGUGUCCUGUGCUCUUAUAAAGGUGUUAGGUGUACUCUGUAAACUCUACUGGAAGGGACUAAUAUAUUUUAAAGGACAAACAAUUUUCUAAAAAUAUUUAUCUUCACUAUCCUGUGUUCUUUAUUUUGGUUUAAGAAUCUGCAGUUUGACUUAAACUCAUCAGUUGUCCUCUUAAAGGGGGCAUUGAGCAAACCUAGAAAGUUUGUGGUCUCUGCUCCCCAUUGCCCCGGUCUCUUAAGGAAUUGUCUUCUAGUAACUAGAAGUAAGAUGUACUGUCCAGUUACAGACUGUGUGGGUAUGAGGGUUACCUCAAAAGGCAUCUUAAAAAGAGAAAAGGUUUUUCUUACAAAAUGCCUCCUUCCCAAAUGCUAGCCAGGCUUGACCCUGCUUAGCUUUCGAGGUCAGAUGAGACAUACACAUGCAGGUGGUACGGCUGUAGGUACAACAUCCAGUUUCUGGUUUAUACUACCUACUUUUUGGUCUCUUCACUUACUAGCUAACUUUGAUACAUCUUGACCAGUUAUGUAGUUUGAACGUGUUGUGCUUGUGUCCUGAAUUUCCAUCUCCAUGUGGGUGUGAGUAGCAUUUACUGAUUAAUUAAUUAAUUAGUUAAUUUCAUAUAUUUUGUUUUACCAAACU